GGGGGAAGGCAUCGUCGAAAAAGUGGAAAGGCCAUUGCUUAAGGUUAAGCUAGAAAUAGAAAACGGAAAUAAAAUAAAAAGAAAAGAAGUACGUACAAGAGGAGUUCGCGGGAAUGACAACGAUCGUGUAGUAGUUGUACCCGUGGCAUGAAGUUCCUGUAGAUCCUCGUCCGGUCGUCGUUGUUUAGUAUCCUUCCCCUCGACCUCCAGAAGGUCGUGGUGUCCUCGCCUACGUCGACGUUCUUGUACUGCGGCGGUUUACGUUCUUUGCUCUGGACGGAGGUGGAGGUCGUGUCACUUUUCAUCAUUAUCAUCCUCAUUGUACAGAGGAUCCGGAGUUAUCCGGAGUCUUCAAUCUGCUAGAGGUAGCUAGUGGUAAUAUUUUGUUGCAAUUAUGUUCAAUAAACGUGGUCCUUGACAACCUGGUAUUAAGUCAGAAUGCUACCCGAGGACAGGUUCAUCCCUACCGUACCUUGCUGAUGCUGCCCCGGUCGUGCAGCCACAAUGCUGAAGGUCUUCAACUCCAAACUGAAGAACUAAAGGACUAACACGACAUGCAAUACCAAAGCUAAAAAGCAUGACCAACACCAAGGCGGGACCGUCGAACAGGAACAAGGACGGACUGGUAACCGCUCACGGUCAGAAAAUCAGAGAAAAAAAACAGAACAAAAGCGCUCGUCUACAACUCACUUGCCUCCUGUGUGUCCUCCCUCAUGGCCCCGCUCACGGAAGGAUGCAAAUUUAAUAUAGUAGUUUUUGAGAGAUGCAAUCGGAAUCUUUUGUAGUUUUGCCACUCGUCGUGGGGGUCCAUGCGCAUUCAGUCAUGUUCAUCGCCCCAACAUCGCUAUCACACACGAUAUCUGUUCUUCCAUUUUGUUUCGUAGCCCUCCUAAUGAUAUGGUUGUGGUCCUCCUCCUCUCCGUGAAACUUAUAGUUCUUCAGCUUCGCAAACCUGCAGUUGCCGCGAAAAGAUCAAAAACUAGCUUCCUGACAAGAAAAACAAAGAGGACGAAGUCUACUUCUUCCCGUUGAUUCAACAUCAGGAGCGGGCCGCGAGGCAAUCCCGGAACAUAAGAACGCCUGAGCUGAACAGACAGCUACAAUCUGACCAUGCGUCAACUGGACAAGGAAACAAGUGAAUAAUUUAUGGCGCAUCAUCUUUAUGAUUGUAAAAAGGGGGGUCCUACGCCGAGGCUGUUACAUUGUUGCACGGAUGUCUGUGACUGCUCUACUUGUUAACUAUAACAUUAAAAGUAAAAAGCAAAAAGAUGAUGUUUCAAAAUGUAUUGAGAAGCACAGGGGGGAAGGCAUCGUCGAAAAAGUGGAAAGGCCAUUGCUUAAGGUUAAGCAGCGUCGUGUAGUAGUUGUACCCGUGGCAUGAAGUUGUACAUCUUCGCCCGGUCGCCGUAGUUCAUCCUUGCCCCCGGCCAGAAGGUCGUGUCCUCGCGGCCUAUGUCGUUGUGCUGCGAGGGCCUACGUUCUUUGCUCUGGACGGACGAGGUGGAGGCAGUGUCAAUUUUCAUCAUUAUCAUCUUCAUGGUACAGAUGAUCCUGAGCUGUACCGGAUUCAAUCUGCUAGAGGUAGCUAGUGGUAAUAUUUUGUUGCAAUUAUGUUCAAUAAACGUGGUCCUUAACAGCCUGGUAUUAAGUCAGAAUGCUGCCCGAGGACAGGUUCAUCCCUACCGUUGUACCUUGCUGCCCUCGUCGUGCAGCUACAAUGCUGAAGGUCUUCAACUCCAAACGGAAGAACCAAGUAAAGGCCUAACACGACAUGAUGCAAUACCAAAGCUAAAAAGCAUG